UCACGCCGCGCGAUGGCGACUGCGGCGGAGACCAAGGCCUCUCAGCGGAGGAACGCGAGCUGGUCGAGUGGCGGCGGCGGCGACGACGAGAUGAAGCAGUCGCUUCCGGAGCUCGAGUCCUCCCCACAAAAUGGCGGCGGCGGCGGUGACGGCGGCCGCCUCAGCAUCGCGGAGCUCGGCGGAGCGGCGGGGCCUGAGGAGACCGCGGCAGCGGCCGAGGCCAGCCCGGCCCUCGGCCACGAGCCGCCUCAAGGCGCCCCAGAAGCGGGCGCGGCGCCUCCGCCCAAAGGCCCAGAAGAGCCCGAAAGGCCCGUUAGGAGGAGUUUUCAGAUCCCCAGGAAGAGCAGAGAAAAGAAAGCACUUUUCCAGGUAUUAACUCCUGGCUCUCGAGAAUUUGAAGAUGUCUUAAAUAUUCUGCAUUCAUCUUACCUUGAACCAACCUCUAUAACAAAUUUUAACUACAAAUAUGCUUGCUUGGUACACAAUGAACUUUUGGAAAAGGAGUUUACAGAAAAGCGAAGAGAACUGAAAUUUGAUGGUCGUUUAGAUAAAGAACUUUCAGAAUCCUAUGCAUUUCUCAUGGUUGAUCGAUAUCAGGUUCAAAGUGUGUGUGAAAAAGGAUUACAAGUGGGCCAGUCCAAAAUAACAAUUCUUGGCAAUCCUUCCAUGGGUGUUUAUCUUUCUAGAUAUGCUGAUUUAUUACAAGCUAAUCCUUUGGAAGCUGGGACAAUGGGUGAUGUUGUUAUUUUUAAAAUAAUGAAGGGUAAAAUAAAGAGUAUUUAUGAUCCCAUGGGUGUAAAAAAUUUGGAAUCUAUGUUAAGUAAAAGUGCUUUGGACCCAACACCAAAACAUGAAUGCCACAUGUCGAAAAAUGCCAAUAGAAUAACAUCACUUUUGGCUUAUAGAGCCUAUGAGCUUACUCAGUAUUAUUUUUAUGAGUAUGGCUUUGAUGAGUUAAAGAGAAGACCAAGACAUGUGUGUCCAUAUGCAGUUGUGUCUUUUACUUACAAAGAUGAUAUGCAGUCUCUGAAGUUUGUAUCUUCAAGAUCCAAUAGCUUUAAUGCAGAUAGAAACACAGAUAAAUUUAAUUAUACCUUGUGGAAAGGACAGCUUCUAAAUAAAGGAAAGCUUUUAUGUUAUGUAUUUCUGCGAUCAGCUACUCGGGCAUCUUUGCCUAUCAAACUUCCUGAGAAGCUUGAUGUUGAAGCAGUUAUGAGUAUUGAUCAUCUGAAACAAAAAAUUCCUCCUGCGCUAUUUUACAAGGAAACAUACUUACGUCCAAAUGAAGUUUUGAAGAAUGGAAUGUAUUGUAGCCUUUAUGAAGUUGUAGAAAAGACAAGGUUUGGAAGUAACAUGGAGAGUUUACUACAAAAUCUGGAGAAAGAAAAACUUGUUCUUGUUAAACCUUUGGAAGACCGAGGAUAUCUUUUUCUUCUCUCUUCAUGCCAGAUGGUAUCUCCAUAUGACCAUCAAACUGUCAAGUCUCGAGCACUGCAUGCUUUGUUUCUGUUUCAAGAACCCAGAAGCAUAAUUACUUGGGAUACUCCUGGCUCUGCGCUCAGGAAUUACUCCUGGCAGGCUCGGAGGACCAUGUGGGAUGCUGGGGAUCGAAUCCGGGUUGGCCACAUGCAAGCACCAAAAGGUUCAACCAGUGCACCACCACAGGAAAAACACGAGAGCAUGCAAGAUAUAUUAAAAAUUACACAGUUUUUACAGUUUGCUUUGAUUCAGUGUCGAAAGGAAUUUAAAAAUAUAAAUACCAUAAAUUUUCAUUCUGUUGUUGAAAAGUAUGUAAGUGAAUUUUUUAAGCGAGGUUUUGGCUCAGGUAAACGAGAAUUCAUUAUGUUUCCAUAUGAUUCACGUUUAGAUGAUAAAAAAUUCUUACACUCAGCUCCAAAAAAUAAAUCUCAUUUAGAUAAUUGUUUGCACACCUAUAUUUUCCAACCUGAAAUGUAUCAGUUAUCUAUAUGUAAGUUAAAAGAACUAUUUGAAGAAAAUAGAAAACUUGAAGAGUUCAGUCCACUUUCAGAUUAUGAAGGCCAUGAAGAAGAAAUUAAUGGUUCAAAAUUUGGAAAACGAAACAACUCAAGGGGUAAAACUAUUAUACCUGGAAAACAGAAAUCAUCUCAUUCUUUAGAUUAUGAUAAAGAUAGAGUCAAAGAAUUGAUUAAUUUGAUUCAGUGUAGGAAAAAAAAUGUGGGUGGGGACUCAGACACAGAAGAUACUAGAAGCAAAACUGUCUUGAAGAGGAAGUUUGAGGAUCUACCAGAGAAUAUGAGAAAACUCGCAAAAACCAGUAAUUUAUCUGAGAACUGCCAUUCAUAUGAAGAAUCCCCUCAGCCUCUUGGCUUACUUGAGCAUGAGAGUGACUUGAGACAGCAACAGCAAGAUGCCUCUAACUCGGGCAUUGCUGAUAUCCAUAAGCUGUUUAAUUGGUUGUCCGAAACACUAGCAAAUGCACGCCAUUCUGAUGCAACCCUGACAGACACAGUCAACAAAGCCUUAGGCUUGAACACUGAUGAUUCCUACGAAGAACUGAGACAAAAAUAUGAGUAUGAAUUGAACUCUACUCAAGAUAAGAAGGAAUAUGAGCCACUUACUUGCGGAAAAAUUGAAAAUGUACAUUUUAAGGGUACUCAGAGUCCCUUGCUAGAAGUUGAUACAUCAUCUUUAAAGUAUCCUGUUGCUGUUUGUACCAGUGAAGUAGGAGGUGACUCUACACUACACUUGAAUGAAGAUCCAAGUUUAAUUAAUAUGAAUAAUUUUGAAGAUUGCAGUGUAUGUCCAACUGUUUCCAUUGAACAUGGAAUCCAUAAACAAUCUAAGUCAAAUAAUGUUGAAGAGACUGAAAUACACUGGAAACUUAUUCCAAUUACAGGAGGGAAUACAAGAAGUCCAGAAGACCAGCAGGGAAAAUAUGGUGAAAAGCAAACAUCAGGUAUGAAAUCACCAGAAGAGCAACUGGUGUGUCUGCCACCACAGGAGACCUUUCCUAAUGACCCUCGUGUAAUUAGUAGACAGAGAAGUUCUGAUUACCAGUUCCCAUCCUCUCCAUUUACAGACACACUGAAAGGUACCACUGAGGAAGACAUGUCAACAGCUCAGGUGGUGAAAGUGGAAGAACAGUGUGUGCCAGCAGCAGAGUCUCCUGCAGUAAGUGAAACCACAGAGAGGACUGUGUUAGGAGAAUAUGAUAACUUUUCUAAGAAGAUAGAAGAGAUUUUGAAACAAAAGAAUGUUUCUUACGUUAGUAGAAUUUCCCCACCUAUCUUUUCAACACAGAAGAUGAGACCACUUUCAGAAUUCAUAUAUUCCAAGACUUCCAAAGCUGGUGUACAGGAGUUUGUAGAUGGCUUGCAUGAGAAACUAAAUUCUAUAAUUAUUGAAGAAUCAGCCAAGGGUGGGAAUUUACCACCAGUCAGUCCUAAAGAUUCUGGUACUAGGAUAACACUGAAUACUUUUGGAAGGCAUGUCCUACCAGUUUCUUCAAACAAUUUCAACAACAAACAGUUCAUCGAUCCACUUUAUAGUGAAACUUUCAAAGACACCAACUCAAGUGACCAGCAUUCCUGUUCAACUUUUGGUUUGACUGAAAUAGAAAUGAACCAAUCACACCAUGCCACAGAGCUAAUGGUGACUUCUGAUCAUACUGUACCUGGUGAUAUUGUUCGGGAACCUAUGGAAAAAGAAACAAUAAAAUCACCCAGUGAUGUAAACAUUUCUUCCCAACCAGCUUUUUCAAAUUUUAUAAGUCAGUUAGAACCUGAAGUAUUCAACAGUUUAGUUAAAAUCAUGAAAGAUGUCCAGAAAAAUACUGUGAAAUUUUAUAUUCAUGAAGAAGAAGAGAGUGUGCUCUCUAAAGAAAUAAAGGAAUAUCUUAUAAAAUUAGGCAAUACAGAAUGUCAUCCAGAACUAUUUUUGGAAAGAAGAUCAAAAUUAGAUAAACUACUGAUCAUUAUUCAAAAUGAAGACAUUGCAGGUUUCAUUCACAAGGUACCCGGCUUGGUGACUUUAAAGAAACUUUCCUGUGUUAGUUUUGCUGGUGUCGAUAGUCUGGAUGAUGUUAAGAACCACACAUACAAUGAAUUGUUUGUAUCUGGAGGCUUUAUUGUGUCUGAUGAAACCAUCCUAAAUCCAGAAGUUACCACAAUUGAGAGCCUUAAAAAAUUUUUAAUAUUCCUUGAAGAACUUAGUACUCCAGAAGGAAAAUGGCAGUGGAAAAUCCAUUGUAAAUUUCAGAAAAAACUAAAGGAACUAGGCAGAUUGAAUGCUAAAGCUUUAAGUCUGUUGACUCUUCUGAAUAUCUAUCAGAAGAAACAUUUGGUUGAAAUUUUAUCAUACCACAAUUGUGAUUCACAAACCCGAAAUGCUCCAGAAUUGGACUGUCUUAUCAGACUUCAGGCUCAGAACAUCCAGCAACGGCACAUUGUCUUUUUAACAGAAAAGAAUAUUAAGAUGCUUUCCAGUUAUACAGAUAAUGGAAUAGUGGUUGCAGCUGCAGAAGACUUGAUGCAAAACUUUAAAGAUCUCGUGGGCUAUCACAACCUACUCACAGAAGAAACUGUUCCAGUGCAUGGUGUUAAUGAGAAUCUUGAGUCACAGUCAGCUCUUUUAGAAAACGAUGAUCAAAAGGAUGAAGAGGAUAUGUCUCUGGAUUCAGGGGAUGAAAUCUCACAGAUAGAAGUAUGCAGCAAUUUUCAUUCAGAAAUAUUGGCGAAAGAGACCAAAGGAUCAAGUGGAACAGAUCAAAAAGAGAAUACUCAAACUGAGUUGCAUUCAUCUCUUGAUGUGCAAAAAAGUUUAUUAGAAGAUAAGACUUACCAAAUCCAUUCUGAAGAAAGAGCUUCUAUUGAUGUAGUAUGCUCUGGAGGAGAAAACAGCAAUUCAGCUGAACAAGAUUCAUUCAGCAACUUCCAGGUUUAUUACAGUCAAUUAAACAUGUCCCAUCAAUUUAGUCAUUUAAAUGUUCUCACCCAUCAGACCUUUCUGGGGACACCAUAUGCCCUUUCAUCAAGUCAGUCUGAAGAAAGUCAGAAUAACUUUUUAUCUUCUUAUACUCAAAGCUCAGAUAGAGAGAAAUCUCCAUCUCCGUUAAGUUGGGGGAAAAAGUGAUUCUUCAGGCCAAUUUCAAAAGUGAGAUAAUUAUAGUAAUUUUAAAAAUAUGUUAUAGACUUUAUUUCCUAAAAGUGAAUUAACAGUUUAUAUUCAGUGUGAACAAAAGGUUUCUUGUCCUUUCUCAUUUCCCUCCUCACCCUUAUUUAAAUCAUGAUGGCCUGUAACAGUUGACACUUCUGAAAAUUGAAAUAAAUAUAUAUAUAUAUUUUUAACAUAUAUAUUGUACUUGAAUUAUCUCAUGUUGGCACUUUUAAAUGUUACAUUUAUUUAUAUGUAUGUCACCUGUACUUUGGCUUCAAAUUGAAGCCUGAUAUACAUAAUAUUAGAACUGUAAAGAGCAAUGGCUUUACUUUUUCUUCCUGUCAGGUGAUAAAGUACUUUUGCUAAAAUGAUGUAUCAAACUAUUGUGUUUAUUUUGUUUUAAGCUUUUGUAUGGUGUUUUUUUUAUACAUGUAUAAGCCAGUGAUGUUAAUAUUUAUAGAAAUUUUGCUUAGUACCUAAAAUUUAGCUAACAAUGCAAAUUAGAUAAACUAUGUACAUAAAACUUAAUACCAAGCAGCAUUAUUUUUUAUUAUUAGGCUUAGCCAUGUAAAAACUGCCUAUUGCUAAAAAUUUAGUCAAUUUUUGGAGAGUUUUUGAUAAUUAUGAUUUUCAGUACUUAUGUGGUUCUUAACAAAAUUCAAUUUCAUGUUUUAAAAAGUAGGAUUGGAACAACUUCGCUGUACAUUUUUUAAUUGGUAAGAAGCCUUAGAAAAUGAGAGUGACUUUUAGGAUGCACUUAAGUGCCAAAGUGCUAUAUUAAGUGUAUGUUGAAGAUACCUGCCUCUCUAUGUAGAUGUAAACUUGUUCCUGAAAAGUGAAUAAAACAGGAUUUAGAAAAUAGAAAAUUCUUUAUCUAAAUUGAAUCUGGAUUAUAAAGUAGAAUGUUAAACUGGACUUCUAAAUUGUUUUAUAAUAAAGAGCAAAAUCUUUUUUAUAGAACAGUCUAUUAAGUGGUAUUUGAAUUCAUAACAUUCACAAGAAUAUUGAAAGAAAAUUGUAAGGUAAGUAGCAAGUUUUUAUAGGACUUACUACCUAGACUGAGUAAAAAAAAUUUUUUUACUAAAUUUUUACAAAAGUGUUUUAUUGUGUGUAUAUAAAAAGAUAAUACAUUUUACUACAUAAUAAGCAUUUUAAAUUAAGCAUUUGAAAAAUAAAGUUAAGCAACAGGCACAUAAAUUUUACGAUUUUAAAGACACAAGAAGACAUAAAGGAUUUAGUUGUCCAUAUUUAGAAUGAAGAACUAAAAUUCUCUUCUUGACUUGCAAUCAAGGGCAUGAGAUUAGUUUCCAGCUCCCUUUGCUUCUGGAGAAGGCCCUGAAAUGACAUAUGUUAAAUAAGGAAUACACAAACAUUCUAUCUUUAGUCCAGAAUUAUAUAUUUUACUUAAAAAGGCAUUAAUAACCAAAUAGGCCAUAAUGUAAACUUUAUGCCAUAAUGUAAACUUUAUCUUGUCAUGUGGGCAUUGUGUAGCUAUUAUAUAUUUGUAUAUUCUUAAAAGCAAGUCUCCAUAACUAUGGAUUCAAAAUUCUCCUGCUCACCAAAUGCUCUUAAAAUACCUAUUGUUUUCCUUCACUGCACCAGCUAACCUUACCAAGUUAAUGUCAGAAAGGCCCUGACAUAAUUGGUUAGAGGUCAAAAACUAUAUUUUGACCUAACAUUUGUCUCCAUUAAGCGAGAAGUAACUUUCUUUGUCAUGUGUUAGUGGGCUGAUAUUUCUGGAUCUAUAACAAAGAAUUUGAGUUUUGUGUUGUUGGUGGGAAAACCAGAGAUGCUGUUUAGUGGUAAAGCUCUUGCCUUGCAUGCAUGAAUGAGGCCCUGGGUCCAAUCACCAAUACCAUUUUUUAAAAAAAGGUUAAUUAGUAAACAACUAAUUUACUAAAAGGCUCUCCUAGAAUGGCAGUUAAUUUUCCCAGAUAAAAUGGAGCAAAACUGCAAAACCAAUUGUUACCUGUUAGGUUAUAUAUCGAAUAUACCACGGGUAGCUUGCCAGGCUCUCCAAGAGGGACAGAAGAAUUGAACCCGGGUCGGCCACAUGCAAGGCAAAUGCUCUACUCACUGUGCUAUCGCUCCAGUAUUCAAUAUGCCCAAAACAGUAACAAGUCUCACAAUGGAGACGUUACUGGUGCCCGCUCGAGCAAAUCGAUGAACAACUGGAUGACAGUGCUACAGGUUAUAUAGUUUCAAACACUGCCACCAUAUUUGCUUUUAGAAAAGCAUAUAACUGCAUUGCAUAAUUGUGUUUUCUUACUGUGAUUUUAGGGAUCAUGUUUUUGCCAUUCAAAUGUAAGCAUUUUCUUUUCAAUAAAACAUUCUUAGUAUUUUAA